GGGACGGACGCAGGCAGGGGGGCGAGGGCACGCGGGCUACCAGCGCGGACACACCGACCGAGCUGCUGCUGCCGCUGCUGCUGCGGGCCGCCGGAGGGCCAGGCUUGUGAGGUUGCGUGGGGCCUAGGUGUUGUCCUCCUGAGCUUCAGGUUUCUCUGCCAGCAUGCAACUGCUACCCCCAGCCUUCCUUAACUGCUUCCUACUGACCCUGCUCAGUGUAUGGAGUGCUGCUGUUCCUGAAGCUCAUGCUGUGUCCACGGGGACUCCAGCCAUCAGCGCAGCCUCCUUUCUGCAGGACCUCCUGCGCCGAUAUGGGGAGGGGGACAGCCUUACGCUGCAGGAGCUGAAAGCCCUGCUCAACCACCUGGAUGUGGGCGUGGGCCGGGACAAUGUCACCCAGCCUUUGCAGGGACAGAGGAACCUCUCAACGUGCUUUAGUUCUGGAGACCUCUUUGCUGCCCACAACUUCAGUGCCCAGUCACGGAUUGGAAGGCGUGAGUUCCAGGAGUUCUGCCCUACUAUCCUCCAGCAGCUGGAUUCACAAGCCUGCUCCUCCGAGAACCAGGAGAAUGAGGAGAAUGAGCAGACGGAAGAAGGGAAGCCAAGUGCAAUUGAAGUGUGGGGAUAUGGUCUCCUCUGUGUGACCGUCAUCUCCCUCUGCUCCCUCAUGGGGGCCAGCGUGGUGCCCUUCAUGAAGAAGACUUUUUACAAGAGGCUGCUGCUCUACUUCAUAGCUCUGGCGAUUGGAACCCUCUACUCCAACGCCCUCUUCCAGCUCAUCCCCGAGGCUUUUGGUUUCAACCCUCUGGAAGAUUAUUAUGUCUCCAAGUCUGCGGUGGUGUUUGGGGGCUUUUAUCUUUUCUUUUUCACAGAGAAGAUCUUGAAGAUGCUUCUUAAGCAGAAAAAUGAGCGUCAUCAUGGACACAGCCAUUACACCUCUGAGACGCUUCCUUCCAAGAAGGACCAGGAGGAGGGGGUGACUGAGAAGCUGCAGAAUGGGGAUCUGGACCAUAUGAUUCCUCAGCACUGCAGCAGUGAGCUGGAGGGUAAGGCCCCCAUGAUGGACGAGAAGGUCAUCGUGGGCUCGCUCUCUGUCCAGGACCUGCAGGCUUCCCAGAGUGCCUGUUACUGGCUGAAAGGUGUCCGCUACUCUGAUAUUGGCACUCUGGCCUGGAUGAUCACCCUGAGCGAUGGCCUCCACAAUUUCAUCGACGGCCUGGCUAUUGGUGCCUCCUUCACUGUGUCUGUUUUCCAAGGCAUCAGUACCUCAGUGGCCAUCCUGUGCGAGGAGUUCCCACAUGAGCUAGGAGACUUUGUCAUCCUGCUCAAUGCUGGGAUGAGUAUCCAGCAAGCUCUCUUCUUCAACUUCCUUUCUGCCUGCUGCUGUUACGUGGGUCUGGCCUUUGGCAUCCUGGCUGGCAGCCACUUCUCUGCCAACUGGAUCUUUGCACUGGCUGGAGGAAUGUUCUUGUAUAUCGCUCUGGCUGAUAUGUUCCCUGAGAUGAAUGAGGUCUGCCAGGAGGACGAGAGAAAUGGCAGUGUCUUGGUCCCCUUUGUCAUCCAGAACCUGGGCCUCCUGACCGGUUUCACCAUCAUGCUGGUCCUCACUAUGUAUUCAGGACAGAUCCAGAUCGGGUAGGGCCCUGCCAGGAGCCAGCGGGAUUGGAAGUCGUCCUGUGGCUGCCCAAUCCCUGGCCCAAGGACUCGGCAACCACGACGCACCUCAGAAGAGGCGAUUGUAUUAAAAACUGUGACACGGCCUGUAUUCCCGCAUUAAGAUGUCAGCUGUUUUUAAACAUGCUCAGUCCUAGGAAAAAGCUGCCCUGGUAACCAGUCUCUAGGUAGUGCCUCUCUGCCUUUCCUCCCCCUUUCUCAGAGUGACCCUGGAACCUGAAUGCAGCUUACUUAGCAGAUAAGCCUAACUUUUUUCUCCGGUUAUCCUGGCCUCUUUCUCUUUGAACCAGCACUGAGAGGUUUUUUAAUCCUUGCCCUACAAUGCAAAAAUAUAGCCAGUGCUCAUGACUUGGUUAGAAAUAUCAGGAGGUGAAUCUAUGGUUUAAGGGCCCUUAAAUCUAAAUGUGUGCCCUGGACCUCAAGAUGACCCAUUUUGGAAUAAAUUCACCUGUUUUUACAGAAAAGGUACAGGAGACAAGACUCCCUCCUGUUUUUUCAAAGAGACCUGUAAGUUAGAACACAAGUGUAGGGCAAGAGAGGAGGUAAGGAUCAUCCUGGGGUUGCGGGGGGAUGAGUUGAGCUGACGUUACUUGUUCGCCCCGGAUGCGUUGUUGAUGUUGUGGCUGCAGCUGCCUCGUCAUGGUUGGCCGUUCAGGUGAGCCAGCGCUCGCUGCUGGUGAGCUGCUUCGCGGGUUCCGUUGCCUGGACCUCCCCUCCUUUCACAAUGACACUGACAGAAUGGAAGGUGGAGAAUGGAGACCUGCAAAAAGUCCAUUGGUUUUGCUACCAUUUCCACCUCCCCUCCCCCUCUCCCGUCUUCUGAGAGAGACUCUUCAGCUGUCUCCCUAGAAGCACAUUCAGAGCACAUUUACAAUCUUGUAUUAGAGGGGAGACUGCACAAAUUUCCCUCCCCCCGGUCAACACUUCCGCUGCAAAGUGGCAGGGUUACUUGUAGAAUUGGAGUGCAGCUUAUGGACUUCUUCAACAAAGGUGGUCAGCCUUGGAAUCAGUGUGGACACAAUUUAGGACCUGUUCAUUACGUAAAUAAAAGUACGAGCAAUAGAA